UUUUUUUUUCUGCUGUCACCCAAAGAGAACUUCCGCUAUGCGGAGUGUGCAACCCGAAAAUGAAGUUCCGAAAUUUUCUACUGUGAAGUAAUCGCAUCUCCGUGACACAACUUGCAUCACCAUGGACGCCAAGGACAUGGAUCAUCAAUCUGAGAACGGAGACACAGAAAAUGCGGAAGAGGGGACCUUGUUGCUGCAGCUACGCAAGGAGAAGGAAACAAUGGAGACAGAGUUUGGGCAAAAAAGGGCAAAGUUCAAGGAACUCUUCAUGCAAAAAGAAGAGGAGCUUCAGGCGGAGCGGCAGCAGCGAGAGGCUCUCGCGGAGAAGCUGCACGCACUGCAGAGGGACCUGGAUGAGGCUCGGUCGCUCCUGCUGGUGGCCCAGUGCGAGCAGGAGAACGAGCUCGAGGGCGAGCGGCGCCGGCACAGGGAGGAGAUGGCCUCGCUGCAGCACAUCCUCAAGGAGAACACGGAGGAGGCCCUGCGCAGCUCGGGACGCUACGAGAAGGAGCUGGCGCGCUACAAGAAGCACUCUGAGCGGCUCGAGCAGGAGCUCCACGAGCUCAGGGCCCAGCAGGCCCAAGACAGGGAAGGCGUGCUGGCGGUGGUGACGAAGUCCCUAAAGCAGAAAGUGGGCAAUCUCAGUCCUAACCCCUUUUCCUCUUCCAGCGACAACUCCGUCGAGAACCUCGAGGAGAGCAUGCGUAAGGCACAAGAGGAUGCGGAAAUGCUUCGGUCUCUGGUGGUGCCCCUGGAAGAGGAGAUCAAGGCCCUCAAGGACAAGCUGCGAUCGACAGACGAGCAGCUGCACGUGUACGAGGCGGCCUUCACCGGCCUCGUCCAUGGUCUCGGCUCUGGCACGCUCGGCGACGCAGUACGGGGUGGCACGCCUGCCGAAAUCCUCUCCCAUCUUGAUGACAAGUUGACCAGCUUGUGCAAGGGACUGCAGGCGGAGAAGGCAUCCCGCAGUGACCUGGAGAUGUACGUGGCGGUCCUCAACACCCAGAAGAUGGUCAUGCAGGAAGACACGGACCAGCUGCGCAAGCAGUUUCAGGAAGUGUGCAACCUGCUGGAACGGGAGAAACGGGAGCACAGCUGCCUGAAGCGCACAUGGCAGAUGGCCAAUGACCGGUUCCUGGAGGCCCAGCAGGCCCACGUGCGGGACCUGGCGCGCCUUCAGGCGGUGCUGACUGCCGACCAGCAGCGGCACCUGGCACACCUGCGCAAGGCCGACGUUCCCCCAACGAGCCCCCGGAAGAAAGAAGGAGACACCACUGGCACAAACUCAGAGUUAGUCCCCUGCCCACUGCAAGAACCUGAGCUGCAGGAGGCCCUGCAUUCUGUCUCUCCACUUCCCACAAGCAGCCCCAAGGCUGGUCUCAGGUUUAUGGCCUUGGAGCCCCGGCUGUUCUCCAAAGCAAGCACACUCCCAGGAAGGAAGUCUAACGACCGCAUGCGAAGCUCCCCAGCCGAGCUGAAUGCCUGCAAGCCGCCUGCAACUCUCUUGGCUGCAAAGCAGAGCCAUCGGCGAUCCCUCUCAAGCUCGGACCUGCCCUCUGAAAUGGACAACUCUCUCUCCGUUCCGGCCAUGAAAGGAUUGGAGGACACUCGGUCGCUGGGUGACUACGGUGGGGCUGUCAUCACUGGUGGGGGCAUCGGCUUGACAGGAGACCAGCUUAGUGCACUCUCUGAACGUCACACUAGUGACCCAUCAAAAGCCUAUGCGACGCCUGAAAUGGAAGCCCGGAAGUCCUUGAUGGAAGUGGCCCGCACAGAUUAUGAUGAUGGACUUGGUGUUGGCAAGCGGGUUGUCAGUGAUAAGGAAUGGAGGCUACUUGAAGAAGAGCUGAAGCGGCUGCGAGAGCGCCUGUGCCAGCCGUGCGAGAUGUGCAGCAACUACGAGCUGCAGUUGCAGCAGGUGCAGCGGGACCUCGACCGGCACACCAAGGAGCUGGGCACGGCCAGGCAGGACCUGAGCCGAGAGCGCGACCACCGGCAGCAGCUCGAGCAGCGCUUCGCUGACUCGGCUACUGACGUCCAGCACCAGGUGUCCGAGCUGCAGGCCCGCCUGGGGGCAUCUGAGGCUGCCCUGGCAGAGACCCAGCAGGCGCAUGCAGAGUGUUCACAGCAGACGCAUGAGGAGCUGUCGCGACUGCAUGCGCAGCUGGUGAGCCUGCGGGACCAGGCCGAGCGGCUGAGCCAGGAGAACCAGCAGCUACUGGGACGAUACGUGGCCAAGGCCAGGCAGCUGCAGGACCAGCCCAUCAACCUGCCAGACUCCCUAGAGGAGCUUCGUUUCCAGUGCCUGCAGCUGCAGGAAGACCUGAUCAAGGUGCAGCUAGACAAGGAGACCCUAGAGGAAAACCUCCGGGGCCAGAUUCUGUUCCUGCGCGACCAGGCCAGCUCGGAGAUGAACUGCAAGCAGCAGAUUGAGCGUACCCUCACCCAUGAGGCCGACCAGCUCCGCCGGCAGCUAGACCUGCUAACGGGCAUUCGUGAGCAGCUGGAGAAGGAGCGGCAGCUCCGAGAGCAGAAGGAGAAGUGCCUGCAGGCGUGCGAGGCACAGCUGGCCCUAUUGAAGAGCCAGCUGGACGAGCGGGUGGUCUCACUGCAGAGGGGCCAUGACCAGCUCACCACCACAAAGGAGAAACUGGAAGAAGAGGUUACGCGGCUGAGAGGUCGAGUGCAGACCUUGCAGAUGGAACUGGACAACAGUGAGGCAGUCCAGCGGGACUUUGUCAAGCUGUCACAGUCCCUCCAGGUGGAGCUGGAGAAGAUCCGGCAGUCUGACAGUGAAGUCCGAUGGCAGCACGAAGAUGACGUGAAUGAAUGCAAUGGCUGUAAAAAAGCCCUGCACUCUCGCAAGGAAAAGCCGCACUGCAACCAUUGCGGAAAGAUUUUCUGCACCGAGUGUCUCGGCCGGGUGGUGCGGUCGGGUCCAAAGCUGCGCCCCUUCGCCGUGUGCAACGUCUGCCACACCCUGCUCGACCGAGACACUGCACCCUACUUCAGCAGCGAGCCGCCUCAGACUCCCAGCUAGGCGUUUAUUUUUUUUUUCUGCGCCUCUCUCUCUCAUCGCACCUAUUCCACCUCAAUCAGCGGUGAAGAGCCGAGUGCUCUGCUGAGAGGAAAAGCUGGUCAACCGUUGCAUCGCCUCCGCCUCCAACAGCCUGCAAUGCAAGGUUUCAGUACACUUUUGUCGCGAGGUUGCAGCAGCUGUAUGUGAUGUUGGGGAGUGUCUGUCGGGUCGGGUAGGUGGUUUCUCGGGCCACGCAAGUUCUUCCAUCAUUGUUGCCAGACUCUGCCACGGAGUUUGGGUGCUAUACUACCGCUGGGCGUGUUCCAGCCUUUGAUGCCACUCGUGCACACGAGGUUUUAAAGAUGCUAAGAGGGCGGUUUGAAGGAAAUGCGGGCGAGUUGCCUUCUGCGUUUAAUUCAUGGGAAAAAAAAAUCAUUUUAGCAGCUACAUGUCUUUGGCAGUGAUCUGCUGCCAGUAUUGCAUAACUUCUGCCAUGUCAUUGCUCGUUUGUGAUGGCCUCGUACGCCAUAAUAUCGCUUGACAAAGGGUGAAACCUGUACCCUGAUUCUUUUUUUGCCUUCUGUAAAAAAAAAAGCAAGGGCCAUGCAAGGUGCGGCGGGUGCAAGGGUUUUCUGUAGUCAAACAAAGUGUACGGGAUUGGUGUCGUGUGUGAAAUAACGUAUGUUCGCCGUAAUAUACGGCCAUUGAUAAAACUUAAGACGUAGCCGCCCUUUAGUAUUUGGGCAAGCAUUCCAUCAACUCGUUAAAUCUUUUCUUUUUUUUUCUCUCCCACGGUAAAAAAAAAAAGACUCUACCUUACCUAUGCAGUUGGGUUUGUGUUUCGCUUGAACCGCCCUUAUAGCUGUAGCCUAUUACAUAAGUGUCUGGCUUUACGCCGAGCAAUCGUCUUCGGCGGCACCUCAUCAAAUAUGACCCCAGCGUGCAUUUUGCGAGACGUGAGCAAAAUGUCAUCGAACUUGCGUGAACCGCUUCUUGUGAUGAGCAAACUUGUUUAUAGGAGCACCACACUUUCAGUCUUGUAAGAAAAUGCACGAAAACAGCGGUGGUUUGUGCAUACAGAUGAAAGCUGAAGGUUAGAUGUACAGAAUUACUGUUAGCGAGCUGUUUUAGGGCAGCUGAAGCUCGGACAGUUUUCGUGAGGCAUUUGUGCCCGCAAAUUUGUGCACCUGUUACUAAUCUACUGUUAGGAUAAACACAUUUAACAGCGACACGGUGAAACACUAUUCGUUGAAGUGCAUUUCUGAGCUGUUAUUUAUUCUUUAGUAUAGAAACGGUUAUUUCUAGUGAAGCUCACUAUUUAUGUUUACAAUUUAGGUGCUGGUUCCGCAACAUGGUGUGUAAUUUAGGUCCCGUAUGUGCUUGCGUUAGAAACUGGCUCGGGCAUUGCAUUGCCUGCCUUGCUGUUCUUUAUUUUGAAUGUUUGGCAUUGUUGAAGGACUCAAAUGUAAUGCAGAGUGUAGGAUUCUUUGAUCUUGCUGACGAAAGAUGGUGUGGAAGAGUGCGAGAUGGUUUUGUUUGGCAGCUCCAAAGAUAUCAUGUUUUGUCUUAAAAGAAGGCGAUAAGAGUGGAACUGGUCAGAAAAAAAAAAGGAAGUUUGCUCCUGUUUAUAGGUAUUCAGAUAUGUAAAUAAGCACUGCGUGCACGGUGUGUUAAUAUCGGUGUGGCGGUUGUAAUCGCUGAGUGUCGUGGGCCCACGCUUGCUCCGUCUUGAGUUCCUCAUGUUUUGCAGGCACCUUCGCUGCCAAAAGUUGUGCAACCAGUCAUGUACGCUGGUGCAGCUCUUUCCUGGUGAAAAAAAAAAAAUUUUUUUUAGGCGUACAUCCCUUUUUAAAAGUAUUCAGGACGAUGAUUGCAUGUCGCUAUGGGGGACCAUGUGUUGUACACUGGGGUAUUUGCAUUGUAUUCUCAGAACUCAAUGCUCUCUGGAGUGUUUGAUUGGCUUCAACGUGUGCGUCAGGGCAUGACUCGGGGACGGUGCUGGUUGCAGGUGACCAAGCCUGCAUACUCUAGACAAAGGGCACAGAUGCCCUGCCCGGCCUAUCUGCUAACUUCUGUACACUCAAUCAUGACAUCCCCAGCAAAAAAUGACAUUCUAGCUUAUCAUUUUUAGAUUUAUACAGUGAUUUUAAUCAGUGAGUGGCGUAGUACAUGUAAUGCUGACUUCAUGCAAAUGUGCGUAAUGGCAAGCUGCCCUGUGUUUUGGUGGUCAUGUACUGUCACAAAUAAAAGUAAGGCUGAAAAUUUUUUUAAACUUUAAAUGGGGAACCAGUACUGUUCGUUGAAGUGAUGAAGGCGUCCUUACUAGUCGAUGCAAAAAUGGAGGUGUCAAAAAAAAAAAUGAUUGGCGGUGGGGAUAUUGGAAAUAAUACCAUGACCCUCUCGUCGACAUGGCACGCUGCCCUGUGCAGCUCCCAACUCGAUGACCAACUCUGGGCUACCCAGCAAGCCUGCGAGGCGGCGAAGAGGCAAGACCUCGAUGUCCCCACGUGGGAGGCCUAGGCCCAGCCAACUAAACUGCUGGUUUAAAUAAAAGUUUGUUCCUCCUCCUCCUCCUUGGCGGUGGGGGGAAGAUUCGUCGUUUUUGCACAUGUAAUUUCAUGGCACCGUCAUGUUUUAACUAUGUGAACACACUGGCACAACAUCGGGAAAACCUGGCUUAUAACAGCCGUCUUCAUAUUUUGUAGUUUUUUCUUCCCUAGUGACCCUGGUGACUGCAAUAUCUCAUUGCUUGACUGGACCAGCUUUGCCAGUGCAUUUGUCUUGUCAUUUCGCAGGAUUUGCACUGUGUGUUUGUAUGCCCUUGGUUCUUAUUGUGACAUUAUUUUGGGAAAGUUCGCUUAUAACAUCCUCUGCAGUAAAUGACCCAGGUAGACUCCAGCGAUUGGUGAUGGUCGUGGUGAUGUUGGCCUUUGACUUGUGCAUGCUGAAGUUACGAAACUGUAUUGUCCUUUCAAAGCAGAGUAAAGUGUGAGAGAGUCAUUGUCAGUAAGGUAAUCAACUGCUUUGUUUCUGUUUCCUGUUUGUGAUUGCUUUCCUUUUAUUGAGUUUUCCUGGUAGUUAAAUGUUAAUUGAAAAAUCUGCUGUGGUGCUUAUCUGAGGGCUGUCACUUCAUUUGUGGCAUAACUGGUACUAAAUAUAUAUGUGUGUGUGUGUAUGUGUGUGUGUGUGUAAAUGUAAUGUUAUAUAGUAGAGGGAAAUAAUCGGCACAAGUAUGAAAAAGUAAAUGUAAGUGAAGACACUUUUUCGUACGUGUGCCAAUUAUUUCCCUCCAGUAUACUAAAACCAGAUCCUGAGGAGUCUUUUGUCAUUAUUAUUACUUGUAUAUGUAUGUCUCAGUUAUGCCACAAAAGAAAUGUUGCAGAACACAAUCUGUAGGAGUAUGCGCUGAUGUCAUCACCAGCACUGUAGGCUUGAACAAAUAACACAGCAGAAAUCGGUGCAUUGUCGCUUCCAUUCACUUAUCUUCAGAAGGGUUGUGGAAGGUGUGUAAUUAGGAUGACAAUAAUGGUGUUUGUGAUGUCACAUGAACACUACCUAGAGCGAGAUCCUUGCUUAAAAGAUUGCAUAAAAAUAUUAUGGCCCCAUAAUUAAGCUUAUCUUUAACAGAAAGAAAAAAGAAAGUGACUGGUUUAUGAAUGUUUCAAUAUAACUUAUGCAGCUCUGCAAAUUGUGUUCCUGGUUCAGCAGUUUGUGUCACAUGAAGAAUGUUGCUUGGAGCUUUUUUCGGACAUCAAAUGACAAGGAGUAGUCGAAGGAAUAGAUAUUCACUUGAUUGUAGUCUGAGUGGGAGUGCUUAUGCAUGGAAGGUCAAAAGAUUAAGCAUAACAAAACAAAACAAAAAAGCUGGCCUGCAAGGCAGUGUCUUUAAGGGCCUGUGAGGACAGCUUGGUGUGCUUUUCUCGUCACUUGUAAGGUCAUGCCAGUCCAUUGUCUACUUUGCAUCUUAAAAAAAAAAAAUCUUUUUAGCAUCUUCAACUUUUUUCUUAUCUUUUCUGUGUUUGCAUGGUUCUUACCAGUUCUUAAAAACUUUGUGAUAGUAUGAGCACUGGUGUAAACUGUGUGCGUGGGCAGUGAAUGCUUUUAGCUUUUGUCUUUGUUGAGCGCUUUUGGAUGAGACUGCUCCUUUCUCUCUCUUUUUUCUUUAUAUUUGGGCUGAAGGAGCUCCAUAUCCUCUAAAGGCGCAUGUACACCAUCAACAUGAAUUUGAAAUGCGAACAAGUUGAAAUCAACAAUAAUGCAAGAUAGGUGCGAUACAGGACCAGACGUAACGGUUUUUAGACUGCACUACAUUUACAGACCGCAGGCACUUUGCAGGGAUUGUACAGAGCUCAAAAAUUGAAACGCAAGAAAUUUACAUGUAAAAAAGUUUCUUGCUGUUCGCGUUUUAAUUUUUGAGCGCUGUACAUCACGCAACCGCUUGUGUAGAACGUGUCCUAAUCUGCUUUUGUUUCCCGCAGCUGGUUGCAUAAAGUAUUUUGCUUGCAGCUAAAUUUAACUUCAGAUAAGGGCCUUCCACAUAGUUAGAAGUUGACGCUUGUGAUGUACCAUUGGCGUAAGAUGAAACUCGAACAACUAAGAAGUAAUCUGAACAGCUGCUACACGCAAUUACAUAAUAGUCCAAUGGGCAACCUUCCAAUUGGCGGUUUCAAAGCAUUGUUUAGCCUCAGAUCUUUUUGCUGUCACAAAACAGUCAAACAUGAAAAUACAGCAGAAGGUGCUAAUCACUUCAAAGCUCACGUUUUCAGUUUAUGCCGAUAGUAGUACAUUCUUGUCUCUGUAGCCUUAUUUAUUUAGUACAUACAAUUUAAGAUUAGCAUAGAAAGUUGUAGAAUGGCAAAGGUUUGACACUUGUAAAUCUUCUUGCAUUGGUCACUCGGGAAUUCACUGUGGGUCAAGUCACAGUGAUUUGGAUGCAAGUAAAAAUGCUUUGUACGGGCAAUCCCAUUAGCAUUUCAGUUUGUUUUUUGGCAAAUACAUUAUACAUGAGCGUACAAACUUAGCGUCUGGUUUCCUUCGUACGUUUUUUUUCCCCCCAUUUUGGGUAGCAGUUUUUCUCAUUUGUCUUGCACGGGACAUUCUGGGCAUCUAUAUUUUGCUUAGCAUGUGGUAUAAAACUCUGCACUUAAGUACUCUCGUUUGUUUCGCUGUAGAAACUUGCAUAAAGCAUUGUAGCAGAAAAAGGUGCGCUGGCGUCGCACUGUAACAGUGUAGUCUGGUUAACAGACCCAACGUGAAGCAACAAGUUUUGAAGGUCCAUUUCCAGUAUGUAUUGGCCUGCAGAUGGCCACGGAAAAGCCUCUUGUUUUGAAAGGAGGCACUAAACUGGAGUGUUGUCUUCAAAAAGUUUAGCCUAGUUAUUUUGCACACUUUUGUUAUUAAUCAGCACAUUGUUGUUUAAUAGUUCUAUGCCGUCUGUAUUGCUGGCAUUACGUCUAUACCGAGGAUUUGUUGCAAGCUCAUUGGCUGUAAUUGUUGAGCAGCCUCAAUCUUGUCACAAAGCUUUGGCUAGUCGUUAUAGCUGCAUUACUCUGCAGUUAAUGGACUCAUGAGGCAUUUGCUGUUAUAAUCAGAGUUUUAAAAAGCUUAAGAAUGUUGGCAGGAGAAGACAUGAACAUGAAACGGCAGCGAUGUUGUGUUCUCAAAUGGUGUCACGUUUUUCUCGUCUUGUGCAACUUUAGCAUGCAAUAUUUUACUUUACGAGUGCUUUUUUUGUUAUUAUUGUACACAGAGCAGAGGAGCUGCAUUCUUAUUUGUGUAUACAACAUUUAGACAAGAACUUUGAUUCAUUGACCUUUAAUCAUGACUCGACUCUGUCAGCAGACAGUGCAGGUUUUUUUUUUUUUCUUUCUUUUAACAGUGGAAAUUGAUGACAGCGGUCAGGAAUUUUGGCAUUUUUCUGCGCGUUUAGCUGCUUGAAAAACCAAUUUUUUAUAGUAUUUUUUGAGAACACGAGUCUUGGCAGGUGCUCGGCACCUUGUGUACCGGGCCUUUGCAAUGGCGAGACCAAAAUUUUCGCGGACGAAGGAGGAGACUUUAGAAAAAAGGGAGAGUGGAUACGGUGCUGUGUUUAUGGAGACAUACACUUCAACACACCUUCACUGUAAGCACUUUUGUGACUGUGUGCAAGUGUGGGUCAACAAUCGAAUCUUGUCUUGCCGUUAUUUCUGAAAUGUGCAUUUAUGGUGGCCAUUCUUUUUGGCUAUUGUGCUUGCUCUUUUAAAUAGUAUGACAUUUACCGAAUGGAAAACUGUACCUCAGGCAGUUCCGCCUUUGCCGACCUUGCCCACGGCUCUUUGAGGGUUCCAAUCUGAAGUGUUAUCUAUGCUAAAGGAAGAUGCUGGUUCAGUACUUGGCGCUUGCCUGAAUUGCAGUGUCCCCAGCACACAGUGACCUCAUUUUGUUGCAUUCCGCGUCCGCCGAGCAAAGGCCAUCGCUUGCGCCACCAAGCGGCAGACGACGGAGAGAGGACUUGCGCGCAACGUUGCAUGCAGAUUGCAUGCAUAUUCCCAAUAUAAGAGGCCAAGAGUACAACAGAAAUUAACUCGUAGUAGAUAAACUGCGCAAAAAAAUUCGACGUAGAUUCGAAAAGGAACAGGUGGUGUCUAAAGCAUGGCAUUUAAGACAUGUUUCCCGUUUUCGAAUCAAUUCCGGCGCAGGCAGCCAGUAAAAGCGUAGCCUUUGAGAGAUCUGUUUCUGUUACUCACAGGCAAUGGUCACUAAGGCAUGGAUUUGGAUGCCACCUACUGAACAAUAAAGGCACUGAACAUAGUGCUUGUGUUGUUCAGUCCCUUCUUGUGUCUGUAUCUAAAUUUUCCGCGCUGUUUUUCUAUAAUGAUUUUAGAGCAACCUGCUCGGUUUUUAGAUUGAGAGAGUUGAUAUUGUUGAAAGAUUGAACGACCGGUCGGAGCCAUUCUCGGAGGUCACGCUACAUGUAACCACUCUGCGUCGUCUGCUUCUGCGUGGCAGCGUGCGCAAUGGAGUAUGCCUGCCGGGCACGGAAGACAACGAAAAAGAGCCAUCUUUCUGUGUCACUUUAAGGCAGAGUUUGAAAAUUGACAGAGUAAUCCAGUAACAUUGAGACUGGAUUUCGUGGACUUUUCAUGUCGUGUUGACUUAUUGUGCGAGGCAGUGGACUGUACAUAUACAAUGCGAUAGCAGAAUCUUUAUUUUGAGGAGCUAUACAUGAGGUUGGUGCGCACGCAUUUUUUCGCUCUGUCGUUUUGAUCUAUUGCUCAUUUGCUUAAGCAUAUGCUAUAUAUUAAUUGCUCAACUGUUAUGCCAGGUUGAUCGUUCAAUACAGUGGUCUUUCACUUGUUUCUCUUUUUAAAUGAAAAAUGCCGACACAACAUUUAUUUCUCGUCACAAACAGCUGAGCUGCUCUAAAUUGCUGCAUGUUUGUAUUCCGUUAGUUAUUGUUAAUUUUGUUUGUAAAUAGAGCAUUGCAGAAGUUUUGUGACGAGAAUUUUUUUUGUGUGUGCACUGGAGCAUGGAAGUGGGGCUGAACUCGGAAGUUUGAAAAUGGUGAUUUUGUCGAGAGAUGAGUUCUGAACCACUGGCGCUGUACAGGCGAGACAAUACAAUCUAGGAAAUGUAUAUCAUUUCAAAGAUGCACAUCUGGCUUGUGUGUGGAACUGCAAAAUUCUGUCAGCUUUGUGCCGUGUUGUAGCAAAGAUGUGCAAUUUGGGUAUGUUUUCUAUUUUGUUUGUGGUUUAUUGCGACUGUAAAUAUGUACAGAAUGAAAAUCAAGAAAAACAAAAUGUUCUCUGUGCAUUA